CACUCUGUGAAAGGAAAUUCGAAGGGAAGCUCUCAUGUUAACUAUCUUGUGCUACAAUCAAAUGGUCAAGGAAUGUCUUUUACUUAAGCUGCAGAAGACAUUUAUUACUCUAAAUUAGGCCUUAUGAAUAGCUCUGAGUGUCACUAGAGCUUUCACCCCCAUGUUGUUGGGGAUAUCCAGCAAGAUUCAUGUUACUAAAACUCAUCUUUCCCCUAGUUUUUGGAGCAAGCCCCCAAGUGUGGGACAAUACAGGCUUAGUUCCAAUCUCUGGUUGAUUUUCUGGUGGUCAGGGCUACUGUGAUGCUUUUUGCUACAGAAAGGAGGAUUGUUGGUGAGCUUAUUGUUCUGAACUUCAUCGAGAGCAAGCUCUGAGUUGGCGCUUGUACCUCGCUGCUGUCUGUUUGGUGAUGUUAACGAGGCAGCACAGGCCCCGUGAACCCCUGUUGUUUUCCUUUCUGCAGGAGCUAAGUGUGGCUCUGUACAGGCAUCUCCUUGGCCUUCAGGAGAGCGAAGGCAGCUUGGACCAGCCUGCAGCUGGAAAGGAUCUGAACCUUCUGUGCUGUGACAUUGAUCCGGUGCUGAUUGAGAGGGCUCAGCAGUGCAGCCCCUUUCCUGCUUCCAUAACCUUUGCCAACCUGGACAUCAUGGACCCCAGUGCCAGGGAGCCCAUCCUGAGCUCCUACCUGGGCCGUUUUGGCCGCUCCACUUUUGAUAUUGGUUUUUGCAUGUCUGUGACCAUGUGGAUCCACCUGAAUCAUGGGGAUAGUGGCCUGCUGGAGUUCCUGUCCUUCCUCUCCUCUCUGUGCCGGUACCUGCUGAUCGAACCUCAGCCGUGGAAGUGCUACCGGGCGGCCGCGCGCCGCCUGCGGAAGCUGGGCAGAAACGACUUUGAUCACUUCCGAUCUCUUGCUAUCAAUGGGGAUAUGGCCGCGAGGAUAACCCAGAUCUUAACGAAGGACUGCGCCAUGGAGCUGGUGUGUUGCUUUGGGAGCACCAGCUGGGACAGAAGUCUCCUGCUUUUUAAAUCAAACAGCUCAAAUCAUGAGGGCAGGGAGUCUUCAGAACAGGAGCAGCGACUGACAAAUGGCCUCUUGCAGUCAUGAGGCAAGGAGAUGUUUGCUCAGAUGCAGGAAUUCCUAAAUCCCUACUGGGACCAGGCCUAGACCUCCCUAGGGAGUUUGAGGCAACUUACUGCUGUUGCUCUCCAGGAGGCUGUUGGGAGAUGAGACAGGUGAGAACCCAGCUCCAUGACACAGUGAUAGAAGAGAG